UGAACUCUCAAUCUCCUCCUACCUAGCUAGCUUGCUUCUUCACCUGGCAUAGUUGUUCAUCUGCUAUUGCUAUAGCUCAUAACAAUAAGCUAUGUUCCAAAUCCAAAUUCAUUCCCUUAAUGAUCUUUCUCUCUUAACUAAUAUCCUAGUUUUCCUAGUCAUCCUAAAUCUACUGAAUUGGUAUUGGAAGAAGACCAGUACUAGUAGCCAUACUAGUUCUAGUCUUAGGUUGCCACCAGGGCCACGGAAGCUGCCUCUUAUUGGGAACUUGCAUCAGCUGGCUUUGGUUGGCUCUUUACCACAUCAUUUCUUGAGAGACUUGGCCAACAAGUAUGGUCCUAUGAUGCAUCUCAAGUUGGGACAAGUAUCUGCCAUUGUCAUUUCAUCACCAGAAUUAGCCAAUCAAGUAUUGAAGGUACAUGAGGCUUCUGCUUUCUCCAACCGACCUACUUUUCUUGCUAAGGAAGUUUUGUCCUAUAAUUGUUCAGGUAUCAUCUCUAGUCCUUGUAAUGAUUAUUGGAGAGAAAUGCGCAAGAUUUGUGUAUUAGAGCUCCUAAGUGCAAAGCGUGUGCAGUCAUUUGUUUCAUUGAGAGAAGAAGACAUAUGGAACCUUGUUCAAUCAAUUAGUCACUUAUCACAGUCUUUCAACCUUAGCGAGAUGAUUUUCUCCAUGAUAAACAACAUUACUGCCCGUGCAGCCUUGGGAAAAAAAAUGCACACAUCAACAAGAAUUCACAUCAUUGAUCCUUGAAACAAACAAACUUGUUGCAAGCUUAAACAUCCCAGACUUUUUUCCUUGUCUCAAAUUUCUCCGUCAUUUCACAAGGGAAAAGUCUGCCCUUGAUAGAAUACAUCUGAAGAUGGACAUGAUCCUUGAUGAAAUCAUCAGUGAUCAUAAACUAGUAUUCAAGAAAAAGAGUACCAUUAUUGCAGCAACAGCAGCAGCUGGUGAAGAUCAUCUACAUGAAGAUCAAGAUCUAGUGGAUGUGCUUCUUCAACUUCAAGAGUCUAGUGACCUCCAAUUCCAACUCACAACCGACCAUAUCAAAGCUGUCAUUAUGGAGAUGUACUCUACUGGAAGUGAGACUUCAGCAUCUACUAUAGAGUGGACAAUAUCGGAACUUAUGAAAAAUCCAAGAGCAAUGGAGAAAGCACAAGCCGAGAUACGCCAAGUUGUUGCAUGAAAGAAGAAAAUUCAAGAGGCAAAUAUUAAGAAACUAGACUACAUGAAGUUGGUAAUAAAAGAAACACUACGAUUGCACCCUCCUGUUGCCUUAAUACCAAGACAGGCAAACAAAAGAUGCAAAGUCAGUGGAUAUGAUGUACCAUCUGGAGCCAGGGUGUUGGUAAAUGCUUGGGCAAUAGGAAGAGACCCGAGACAUUGGGGCACCAGUGCUGAUUGCUUUGAGCCUGAGAGGUUUCAAGGUUCUUCCAUUGAUUUUAAAGGGUCCGACUUUGAAUUCAUUCCAUUUGGGGCUGGUAAGAGAAUGUGUCCAGGCAUCUUAUUUGGAACUGCUGCUAUUGAGAUUGCACUUUCUCAGUUGCUCUACUACUUCAACUGGAACUCCCAAAUGGGAAAAACCCACCAGAGCUUAACAUGACUGAAUUAAUGGGAUUAAGCACUAGGAAGAGAAAUGAGUUGAAAGUGAUUGCAAUUCCUUUCUUUCCAUAAUGCUAUCGGGUCAAUUAAUGCUACUGGAAACAACAACCGUUUUAGAUUGAAUUUUAUGUUUAUUCUCAUGUGUUUGCUAGCUGUAUUUGGAUGUCUUCUAUAUUUGAAAUGUAUUGAGUUCUAGUUUUACUUUGUGAGCUUUGUUGAAUUAGCAGAUAGGCAUAAAUAUGGAGUGAAAGAAUGAAACAUCUUAGAUUUGAUAGAAUAAAAGUGGACCUAUCA